AUGCUCAAUGGGGCCAGCAGAUCUGGUUGCCCGGCGCCUUCUUCUGACCUUUCCGGGGCCCUCGGCAAGGCCCCGUUACUUCUUAUAGGUCCCGUGGAGACGGGGUCCAUUAUUAUCCCAUCGCAGAGACCGAAGCUUGCAGCCAAAAAGAGGAUCACAAGCCUUCGGGCGCCUCAGUCGCCCACGAUCUUGCUUCCAUUAGAAAAGUGGCCGCUUGAUGCUUCAGGGUCGCUAGGAGAUGCUGCUCUUGACGGGAAGAAGUUGAAGGAAAGUCAGGAGGCGGUAGCUGACUUGCAGCAGCGACUGGAGGCCGCUAGUGGCUGUGUUGUGGACACUCAUUCAUGCAUUGAGGGUUGCAAAGUGCGCGAGGCCUCGCUGACGGAGGCCGGGGUGAGUGCCAUGAGGGACCUCCAGGGGUACCUCAUUGUUGUCGAUGAUGUAUGGACAGUAGCAACAUGGGACGCAAUCAGGUCCAAGUUGCCAGACUACAACAACGGCAGCAGGAUCAUUGUGACCACUAGGAUAGAGACUGUGGCCGAAGCUUGCAGUGAUGCUAGUGUUGAUGGAGACUGCAUUUAUCGUAUCAAGCACCUGAAUACUGAAGAUUCCGAAAAGUUGUUCCUUAGUAGAGCAUUUGGUCGCGAGGAUGCCACUUUGUCAGAUGAUCUGAAAGUUGAGAUGGACAAAAAUUUAAAAAGAUGUGGUGGCCUUCCAAUGGCCAUUAUUAGCAUUGCCAGCCUGUUGGCGAGCUAUAAAUCGUCAGAGAGCAAAGAUAUGUGGGAAAGAGUUCGCAAGUCGAUUGGCUCUCACAUGGAGAGCCACCCUACCCUUGAGGGGAUGAGACAAAUAGUUACUCUCAGCUUUAACCACCUGCACUAUUAUCUUAAGGGUUGCAUGAUGUACCUCAGCAUUCUCCCAGAGGAUUAUGUCAUCCCCAAGGAUCGUCUCCUGAAGAGAUGGAUCGCAGAAGGAUUGGUUGUUGAGAUCCGUGGAUUGACCUUAAUGGAGGUUGCAGAAGCCUACUACAAUGAGUUGGUGAGUAGAAGUAUGAUUGAUCGGGCCGGUGAUAUUGUCACCUGGUAUGAUGGGAGGGUUGAGACAUGUCGGGUACAUGACAUGAUGCUAGAGGUCAUGGUGUCCAAAUCCCUAGAGUCUAACUUUGUUAGCAUAGUAGGUGGUCCGUACAAAGGGAUGUCAUAUGAUAGGAUUCGCCGCCUAUCCAUCCAUGGCGGAGAAGAGGCAACCGAAGACUCUCCAUCCAACAAAACUGAGGCAGGGCAUAGUAGGAAGAAUGACAUCGAGGGGGUGAAAAUGGAGCAAGUCCGAUCGCUGAGCAUGUUUGACCCCGAAGAUCACAUGAAGGUGCUUGAUCGUCUAGGCAAGUUCACCCUGCUCAGGGUACUUGACUUGGAAUACUGCACAGGCAUUAAAAUAGAGCAUCUGAGAUAUAUCUGCCGGAUGUACCUUCUAAGGUUCUUGAACUUGAAAGGUACAGCUAUAAGUGAGAUGCCUGAAGAAGUUGGUGAACUAGAAAAUCUAGAGAUGCUUGAUGCACGUGAGACGCACCUUAAAGAUCUGCCAAAAACUGUGUCGAAGUUGCAGAAACUUGAACACCUGCAGAUCUCCAACCAUGGUAACAAUAAUGGUUGGAUUGCACGCCGGGGACAGGGUAGGAUGAAAGCACUACGGACGGUGAAUAAACUAGUUCUCAAAUGUGAUGUUAAUGCUGCCCAAGAGAUCGGUGACCUACAACAGUUGAGAGAGUUGGGUAUUGUCGUGGACAUGACUGACAUGAGCAGUCCCCUUGUUCAGGAAGUUAACCAAAAGCUUGCCGAGUCCUUGAGCAAGAUGUUUUCCCUCCGGUGGCUCAAUAUUCGCAGCACGAGUUAUGACAAGAAUGCAAUGAACUUUCUUCAUGACGUCAAGUCGCCGCCGCGGCUCCUCCAGUAUCUUAGGAUCGGCGCCGGCAUCAGCAAAUUACCUGACUGGAUCGGGUCACUGAAUAAUGUCGUUGAUCUUUUCAUUGCCUGGACAUUCGUAACUGGUGACCAACUAUUCGAACCAGUAUGUAAGCUGCGAAAUCUGGAGCGCAUGCACUUGGAGGUGUACUGCUACGGCGAUAGAGAGCUGGUUGCGCGAACUGCCCACACCUUUCCGGCACUCAAGGAACUGUCCGUGGACUUCAAUGGAGACAAUAUGGAAGCUGUCCAAUUUCAGGAAAAAUCAAUGGUAAAGCUCGAGAGACUUAUACUGCAAUUUUGGGAGAGAGAGGAUAAAACAGUUGUUGGCAUCGAGCAUUUGACAAACCUUAAAGAGGUGAAGCUCACCGGUACGAGACACAACCCUGCAUUUGACCGUGGAGUGGAGCAAGUAAAGGCAGUGAAUAUGAGCCGCCCAAAAUCCGAUCAGAUCAAGGUUGUAGUGAAAUACGAGUGAUCACUCUGUUUCGCCAAUCCGCUUGCUUACAGGAGGUUGAUUUGGUUCAUUAUCUGUUUCACAAGUGAUGUUUCUAGUUUGGUUCUUUCUUCAAAUCUGUUUACUUCUUUCCUGUAAGUUGUGUCGUUGCCAACUGGUUGCUAUACCUACCGUUCAAGACUUGUGUUUAUUAUAAACAAGAAUUUUAUUGUAUAAUAAAGCCUGCGUUUGCAGCAGUUAA